AUGUCGGGCUGCCGCGCGGUCGCACGGCCGCUGACGAGGCAAUUGACACAACCAUGCGCCAUUCGGACGUUUACCAGCAGCGGCGCCGCCCGCGCCACCGAGACGACGACUCAGGAGCCAUCGACGACAUCAGCGGCGCAUCUCGACCCCAACACCGUCCCGCGGGAGCUGGAGCAGGAGCUGAUGGACCAGGGCACGAUGCCGAUUGGCUCGCGGCGCCGACGCGAGGCGAUCCGGACGACGGGCAGCCUCCCCUUUGAGCAGCUGCCGUACCAGGCGUUCCAGGAGGCGCGCAAGAUCCUCGCCGCCGACCGCGAGGCCAAGGUGGCGAGCCUCCAGGCCACGGCGGCCAAGAUGGCGGCGCUCGAGGCCCGCGACGCCGCCGAGGUCAGGGGCGGCGAGACGAUGCGGCAGAUUCGGCUCAAGAGCCUGCGCAAGGAGGCGCACCGCCUGACGAUCCUGGCGGACAUUAACGACCCUCUGGUCAAGCGAAAAUUCGAAGACGGACUCGGCGACAUGUCCAAACCCAUCUACCGCCACCUGGCCGAGAAAAAGUGGCGCUCGUACGACUACAAGCUCAUCAAGCAGCGCAUCGAGCAGUUCAGCAUCGUGCCCGACGUGCUGCCCAAGCUCGAGCCCGUCGUCGACGUGCAGCUGUACUUUGACAGCGCCAAGAUCCAGCCCGGCCGCGUCGUGCCCAGCGACGUCUCCGAGCGCGUCCCGCGCCUCAAGGUCCAGGCCUUUGACGACAAGGGCGAGCGCCUCGUCACCGUCGUCGUCCUCGACGCCGACGUCCCCGACGUCGACGCCAACGCCUUCUUCAAGCGCUGCCACCUCAUCGCCGCCAACAUCCCCGUCAGCCCUUCGCUGCCCGCCGUCGCCCUGCCGCUCCUCCCCAGCCCCGCCGCCGUGCCCUGGCUGCCGCCCACCGCCUCCAAGGGCGCGCCCUACCACCGCCUCGGCAUCUUCGUCCUCGAGCAGACGCCCGGCCAGACCGUCGACGAGGCCAAGAUCAGGGACCUCUACGCCGCCUCGCGCGAUCGCUUCUCGCUCAAGUCGUUCCGCGACAAGUUUGCCCUCACCCCCGUCGGCUUCACCAUGUUCCGCACCGAGUGGGACGAGCAGACGGCCGACGUCAUGGCCAGGAACGGCCUCGACGGCGCCGACGUCGAGCUCCGCCCGCAGCGCGUCUACAGCCUCAAGCCGCCCGUCAAGUCGCGCGGCUGGGAGGCCAAGCACCAGAGCGCAAAGUACCUCCACCUGGACAAGUACACGAAGCGCAUCAAGGGCAUCUCCAACGCGCGGGGGUGGACGAAGCGUCGUUAG